AUGGGGAACUUAUUCAGUAAAAAGGCGCCCUCUGCUCCUAGAAAUUGUGAGAUUACAGAGCAAGAUCAGGCCAUUUUGCAACUGAAAACACAAAGGGAUAAAAUCAAGCAAUUUAUACGGCGAAAGGAAAAGUGUAUGGAGACUGAGAGGCAAAUGGCACGAAAAUUGUUGAAAGAAGGCCGUAAGGAUCGAGCGCUUCUUUUGUUGAAGAAGAAGAGAUAUCAGGAGAACACUAUUGAGCAAACGCUAAGACAAUUGGAUAACAUCGAUCGAAUGGUUCACGACUUAGAGUUUGCCGAUAUACAGCAACGUGUUGUUGAAGGCCUUCGGGAAGGAAAUGAGGCCCUGAAAAAAAUGAACGCGAUUUUCGAUAUUGACGAGAUCGAGAAGCUUAUGGAGGAAACGAAAGAAGCGGCUGAAUACCAGGAAGAAAUCGCUGCCCUUCUUUCCAAUCGCCUAUCCGCAGUUGAUGUACAGGAAGCAGAGAAGGAAUUGGAACAUUUAUUAGCUUCACAAAUAAGUGAUAGCGUCUUACCAGAUGUUCCAGAUCAAGAGCUUCUCCAAAAAGGAGAAGGUAAACUUUCUAGAAAAGUUUUGCUUCUUUGUUAA